UUUUGCUUUUUUUGGGGCAGUCGCUUUGAGGCUGGUUCACGUGAUCACAAGUGCCCGAGCACUGGUAACGGUAAGGCAGCGGCAGAAAAUUAGAGAGGAAACGUUCCUAUUGCACAAAGGUUCCAGUACCCAUGGAAGUGCUUAUGGACACUACACAAAACGAUAUGACUUUUGAGGAUGUGGCUGUGUACUUCUCCUGGGAAGAAUGGUGUCUUCUUGAUGAGGCUCAGAAACUCCUAUACUGUGAUGUGAUGCUGGAGAACUGUGCACUUAUGGUCUCUCUGGGUCACGGGCAUGGAUUGAAAGAUGAGGAAUCACCUUCUGAGCAGAAUGUUUCUAUAGAGGAAGUGUCACAGUUGUCCAUGGCCUUCCAGUACUUAACAAUGAUCUUCACCUGGGAAGAAUGGGGGAAGUUGGACCUGUCCCAGAGGACCCUGUACCAGGAGGUAAUACUGGAGACCUGUGGGCACCUGGUCUCAUUAGGGUAUCCUAUUCCCAAACCAGAACUGAUCUGCCUGCCGGAAAAUGAGCAAAAUCUAUGUAUGGUAAAGAGAGGCCACUCCUAAAGUUCCUGCUCAGAUGCACUUCUGUCUCAGAUCUUCAUUUCAUCACUUAUCGAAGAUAUUUUACCUGAGAUGACUUUUCAUCAUCCUUAAAUAGAAUUUCCUUAAAUAAGAAUUCCAUCUAUGCAGUUUAUUUUUCAUUAAACUUUUAGCCUGAAGUA